AAAAAAAAAUCUAUGUUUCUCCCCAAAAGCUGCCCACGACCAUAAAAUUCUUUUUCUUAUCAUCCCACGCUUUCCAUCCUCAACUAAAAAUAAUUAAAAGUUAAUAAAACAUAUAUUAUAAAGAAAUAAUAUGAUGUAAUCGUAUAUGAAACAAGUGUAAAGGAGGACAAUUACAAUCUCAUCCUCCCACCACUUACAUAGUCUCCUUCCUUAGUCCACUCUCCCAGCACUGCAAUUUAAAUCCCACCUCUCCUACAACUUUCUCCACCCAACCUGCAGCAGACGACGAAGACAGAGGGCAACGGUCUGUGACUCGACGGAGAGCGGAACGAGCCAGUGCGAGGCAGCAGAAAAACAAAAUUUAUGAAGGAAAUGGAUGGAAGAAUGGCUAAAGCUGCAGCCACAGGAAACGUUGACGAACUUGAAAGGUUGAUGAGAGAAGACAGAUUGGUGCUAGAUAGUGUUGCAUUGUUUGGAGCUCAAACUCCUCUACACAUUGCAUCAAUGUGUGGUCACGUUAGUUUCGUACAAAAUAUGUUAAAACUGAACAAGCAAUUUGUGUAUGAACUCAACGAAGAUGGGUUUACUCCCAUGCACUUGGCCUCUGCCAAUGGCCAUGUUCAGGUCGUGCUUGAACUUCUGAAAGUUGACCAUCAACUGUGUCACAUUCAGGGAAGGGAGGGAACCCUUCCUCUCCACUGUGCCUCUAUCAAAGGAAGGAUCCACGUUAUGAAGGCGUUGCUCUCUGCUGCUCCACUCACUGUUCAAAGCAAAACCGUCAGAGGAGAAACUCCGCUUCAUAUUGCUGUAAAAAACAACCACUUUGGUGCAGUUAAGUUGUUGUUGGAACACGCCAAGGGAUGGAAGAUAGAAGGAGAAGUGUUGAAUGACAAAGACAACCAAGCAAAUACUGUCUUGCAUCUGGCUGCGUCAAGGAAGCAAUACCAGAUAGUUGAUAUGUUGUUGGUUGAGGAUGAUGUUGCAAAAGAAGUGAUGGUGGUGAAUUCGGUGAACGAGAGAGGAAUGACCCCUCUUGAUGUUAUUACGUUAUUCCAAAGCGAAGCCGGUGAUUUAGAAAUUUACAGAAGCCUUGUGAAAGCAGGAGCUAAGAGUGCAAAGGAAUGGAACCCAUGUUCCUCCAAGGAACUGCAAUGAUGAAGAAUCAAAUCUACAUAAAACAACUGAAGAAUAC